AUGUCCCAGCAGCAGCAGCAGCGGCAGCAGCAGCAGCAGCAGCAGCAGCAGCAGCAGCAGCAGCAGCAGCAGCAGCAGCAGCAGCAAGCUUGCACCUGUGGUUAUCUUCACCACUUUGGCCCGGCGCGCUAUCAACUCGCCGCCGCUGAUGAAGGAAUUGCACAACUCCAACUUCAUGGCGGCUUCGACGAUCUUUUCAACUUUGGCCUCCGAGAGGCCUUUCACGAGAGCCAGGUCUUUUUUUGUGGUCUGAAUCACGGAAAGCACUGUGCAGUAACCCGAGCCUCGCAGCUUGGCGAUGUCUGCUGCGUUGAUCCCCACGUUUUGCAACUUGUCAAUGCUGAUGAAGUGCUCCUCGUUGCCUUCGUUCAAGUCGCAGGAAGCCGGGACGGUCCCGACGUGCUUGCGAGCCGACUUGCUCUCUCCGAGAGUCGCCAUUUUCCAACAAUUGCAAAAUAA